GUGCCGUUUAACUGGAAGGCCCUUUCUCGGUUCUCGGUGGAUUAAAAGUUUCUCCUGUAGCAGUUGUGACUGGAUGUUGUGUUGUCCUUUGUGCUAAGAUGUUGCGAUUACUGAAGCAUUCUUGUGAUUUGGCAAUUGGCUCUGAGCAACAAGUGACUCAUACUGGAAGUUUUAAAUCUGGGUGUCGAUUGUUCGAACAGGACAGUAACUAUGAUGAAAUAGAAAGCACAACUCCCUCAGUUAAUUACUCCAGUGGAACUGUAGAAGAGCUUGAAUCACUUUUGGCCAACAUGUCUCCUGUAGUGUGCAAUGAAAAUCGAUUGUCUGCUAGUAGGUCAUCAUCCUUUUCAGUUGAAAGAAAAUGGUAUGAUCAGAAAAGAACUGAUUUAACUUUACCAGCUCAGUUUGAAACCCCUAGGAGAACUUAUAAAACAAUUGCAUUACGGCGGCGACUUCUUGAGUCGCACCUGUCCUCAAGUGGAAGCGUAGAAUUAUGUGGAACUCUUAGCCAAUCGAAUGAAGCCAGUGUGAUGGAAUUGUCUUGCACCAGAAAAGGUUAUAAAGACUCUUUUUGUUCAGAUAGUUCACUGGACUCACCUGAGGACUUUAACUCUCAAGCUUUGGCAACAAGCACUUUAAACAGCGUAGAAAGUGGCAUUUCAUGUAGAACUAAAAGAUAUUUAUUUGCACAGCAGCGUACCUCUACAAUAGAUGACUUGCAGGAUAAAAAUGAGUUAGUACCUGCUGAAUAUAUAACCCUUGAGCAAUCCACUAUAAGUAGUAAGCUUGAUUUGAGCAGUUUCUCUUUCCCUGAAGACUAUGAUGAAUGCACUUCAACUGAGCCUUUCACAUCACCAUCAAACCAUGGGCAAUCUGAAAUACAUAAAGACAACCAGUUCCUUACUCCAGUGAACAGCUUUGUAAUGAACCUCAGUAUAAACUCAGCAGAGAGGGCAUUGUCCAGAACUGCAUCAGAUGGCAAAUUAAAUAUCUCAGCAACUGAGGACAGUGGCUACAAUUCUAUUGGCUUUGAAAAAUCUGAUUCCUUUUCAAACCAUGAAUGCUCCCUCCAAGAGUUGGUGCAAAACCAAAAAAGAACACCCAGGAUGCUAGAUUGCAAAAAUUCCCAAAGAAGCUUCGAAAGAACCAAACGGUUAUCCACUCUUCGUGAGCGAGGUUCCCAGUCAGAGGCAGAUGAUGAAGAUAGAGCAGCUUUUCUACUGAGAUCGGACUGCAACUUAGAAUCUUGCAUUAAAGAAAAUGAAUCAGUGUUUGAGGAAGAAAUUUGUGAGGAACCUCUAAAAUUGAAGGAUUUCUCUUGCACUCCUGCUUUAAAGUUAGUACAGGAAAUGUGCAUGAGAAAAAGAAAAAGACUUAGAGAUGCCGCUGUGCAUGAUCCCCAUCAGUCAGAGGAAAAGACAUCGAGUGAAUCUAUGCCAUCACUGUGUAGACUCAUUGGCAGAAAAAUGGGUUUGGAUAAAGUGGAUAUCCUAAAAGAACUAUUGAGCAGAAAUCUGACCCAUGUUCUUGCUACAAUUUUGUACCACUUAACCAUACAUGAUCUCGGCAGAAUAAGAAUGGUGAGCAAAAUCUGGAAGAAAAUUGUCAAGCAAGAUCAGACAUCAUAUCUUAGAGGGAAGGACUAUUUGGACGAAAUUCGAAUUCAAAGAAUGCAUAGUGUUCCUCAGGCUGCAGAUGCUGAAACCAGAUGUAAUCUUCCAUGUCGUUCUGCUUUGAGAUCUGUUCAGGCCCAAGCAAAAACUGCCUUUACUCCAACUCUGUCCUCUCGUCAAGAAAUCACCCCUGGUGGAUGCAGCAUUGUUUCAAAGUCAACAAGCAAACAUGAGGAGUUUUUAAAGGUUGCACAAACUCUCUUUAAUGAUGAAGCUCUAAAACCAUGCCCACGAUGUCAAUCGCCAGCUCGGUACAAUCCAAUGAAGAAACGAGGCCUCUGCAGUCGAGAAGGGUGCGCAUUUGACUUCUGCACUCAGUGUUUUUGUGGUUUCCAUGGUUCUAAAGAAUGUGUCAGCAGGUCUACAAAACGUUUAGUCAAUAAAGGAGGACCACCAGGAAGUGCUCAAAGCAAGCGGAAUUUGAAGAGAUUGUAAUCUUGUGUAUAUAUGAAAACAGAUGAAUCUCCCCCAACACUCUUCAAUUUCUUGGAUGUUAUAAGCUGUUUGUGCACCUGUAUGCAAACAUUUAAGAAAGAACUACUUGAUGUUUACCUAAAUGAGUUUGUACAUAAUGAAUAAGUGAAGAGGGGGAGUUUGUAAUGCUGAGAUUACAACCGUUCCCCUUUCACUUAAUUGUAAAUGCAUAUUUGAUUUUAGCAAUUUUAUUUUCCUGUUUUCCAAAUAAUUCUGUAUUCUUUGAUGUGCACUAUGUAAUAGAAACAACUUGCUCCAAAGUCACUGUGAAUUUUUAUGAACUACUUUAGGGCAACAAUUAAACAAGCCAAUCCAAGAUAAUGAAUAUAUGAUGAAAAUGUAAUCAUAAACCACUGGACCAACGCUAUGAAC